AUGAUCGUCAGAUGGCAUAAAGACCAGGACUCGACUGGCACAGCACGCCAACAUCGCAGGCACGCCAUGCGAUCCACACCUGUAGUAGAUUUCAUCCACCAGAUCCUGCCACUGCUCGAUGGGGACGGCUGUUUUCUGGUAGUAGGUGGAGGUCAGGAUGUUUUGCCGCAGCACGUUUUCCAGGUUGUAUGUCGAGGUGUUGCCAUACUGCUCGAAUGCACGCUCCUGUCUGUCCAGGGGUACUUCCGGCACUAUGUUGAGAGGGACAUCUGGUGCGUAGAAUCCGCGAUUCAGUGA